GAUUCACGACUUUUGUUCAAUUUGUCUUUGUAUGGAGUAUGGACCUAACAUCUCCAACGGACCAAUGCUAUUGGGUCAAGUCCAUCUUUUCUAGGUUAAGUUCAUUCUUUGGGCUUUAGUUAAGUAUAGAGAAAGAACAUAUUGGAAGAAAAAUUUAGAUGUGGUUUGUAUUGCAUGCGCAUAUGAAAUGUAAUAAUUUGAGGAUACAUAUAUAGUAAGAAAAAAUGAGUGACCCAAGUAAGAAUGGGUUAGUAGUUAUAUAUAUGUUGGAGGUGAAAGGAAUAAAAUAAAAUUUGUUCUAGGUGGAUUCUUAAGAAAAAGAAGGAAACGAAAACAGAGGAAUAACAAUGGCAGGGAGAAUAAGCUGCUGUCUAAAUCUUCCUCCCCUAGAUUCAAAUUCUGCACAAUCAUUAGCUUCACUGCUCAAGACAACGUCAAAGAUCUCUUGUAGGAGAACAGAAAAUGAGACAGAGCCACGGAAAAACAAGUGUUCUUUUGUCUUGGGGGUGGCGGCAACUGUCGUAAUCGGCGGGAUUCAGAUCAAUGAUGUUGCAUCAGUGGAAGCUGCGGUUGUGAAAUCGCCGGUAGAAGAGAUGGCUGCGGGUGUGGUGCCGCCGCGGAGGUGGAGUGACAAGAGGACGUGUCCGCCUUGGCUUGAGAACUCGCUAGAGACCAUCGUACCGGAGAAUCUUCCUCGUCCGUCUGCUCAUCGACGUUUGGAGUUAGCCGGAUUAGCUAAGGGUGAUGCACCGCCGGUCGGUGUGGUGAUGACACGUGUCAACAGGGGUGGUUGUUUCUCCGUGUAAAUUGGAAGUUCAUUACGUGUAAGGGAGAUUGUUAGGCAGGUGUAAAAAAAGUCAAUUAGAAACAAAUAAUACACACAAAAACUAUUGUAGAUAUAUUAAAUUUUAAGUAUUUGUUUGUGUAGUUACUGAUGACAAAACAUUGAACCAAACUGGUCUUUAAUUCAUGCAAAAUUUUCUUUGAGGAUGCCAUUUUUGAUUUUUGGUUUAAAUCGAACCGUAUAAAAAUAAUUAACUCAUUAAAUUCAUUGAGA